AUGAAAAGCACCGCCAGGCCGUGGAGUGCCGUGUCAAAACCGGGAAGCCACGUGACAGAGCGAGGGAAGCCUCUGCCUGCCGCAUCUGUGGGCAUGAAGACCUCCAAGUCCUCCACCUCGCUUGCCUUCGAUUCCCGGCUCAGCAAGCUCAAGCGGGCCAGCAGCGAAGACAUGCUGACAAAACCGGGGGUCAUGGCUGCCUCAGGAGGCUCUCGGCUGAAAAAGACUAUUACAACGGGGGCCAUCUCCGAGCUCGCAGGGAACCGGCUGAGGCCCAUCACAGGUUCCAUCCCGUCAUCAAAGCGUACUGGAAUCCCAGCUCCUCGGGAGCUGCCGACGGCCGCUGUGGCCAGAGAAAAAGCUGUUUUGCGGCCCAGGAAGACUCAGCCCAGCCCGACUUCUUCCGGGACACCAACCCCUACCAAGCAUUUGCGCCCUUCCGUCAAGUCCAAGAAUGAGGUCGAAGGCGGAGACAAGGCGGUUCUGGAGUCCCAAGUUAAGGAGCUCUUGGCUGAAGCCAAGACAAAAGAUUCCGAGAUUACCAAACUCCGAAGCGAGCUGAAGAAACGUCAAGAUCCACCAAGUUUUGACGUGGCCGGCUUUUUAGACCAAAAUGCAGAUGCCUUGCCGUUGUCGCCAGCAAAACUGGAGCCGUUUGUACAGGCCCUUCAGGAAAAAAACAAGGCCUUUCAGAGAGAACUCCUAAGCCUGGGGGAAGAGAAUCGGCUGUUGAAAGAGAAACUGAGUCAUAUAGAGCAGUUGCCGUUGACAGACACAACAAGCAGUGGCGGUAAUAGCAGUCUUCCCACCCCCACUACGCAAGAGUCCAGCUUUGGUAGUCCAACCAAACGUCCUGUGCAAGGCAUCGUGGGUGACGGCUACCAGCGAGUGAAUGGGCCUCCUUUGCGGAAUUCAGGGUCUUCCAGUAGCGACGUCACCAAGGCUUCCCUGUCACCUGAUAAUUCCGACUUCGAGCACAUCAUGGACGUACCUUCUAGACCUGUCUCCUCCAGCAGCACCCCCUUCAAGACCUCCAGAUGCUCUACCUCGGGGAGUUCGCCGAACAACACGAGUGACCUCUCUGUGGCCUCCCUCACAGAGAGGAUCCAGAGGAUGGAAGAGAACCACCACAGCACGGCGGAAGAACUUCAGGCCACGUUGCAGGAGCUUUCCGACCAGCAGCAGGUGGUCCAGGAGCUGACCACUGAAAACGAGAAGCUGGCCGAAGAGAAGGCCAUGCUGGAGACAUCCUUCUGCCAGCACCGGGAGAGGAACGAGAAGCUGAGUCAAGAGAACGAGAAGCUGGUGGCUCUCUUGCAAGAGCGACCGAAGAACGACGAGAGCAAAGCCCACGAUGCCAAGGUCCACGAGUUGGAGCAGAAGUGCGCAGAGCUGCUCGAGAAGGCCCAGUUCGAAAGGGAGAAGAUGCUGAACAUUCAGCAGCAGCUGACGAGCAGCCUGCGGAGCCUGGAACGGGAACACCAGGACUCGCAGGGGGCCAUCAAGAACCUGAGAGAGGAGAACGAGAAGCUGAGCUUCCUCUUGGAGACGGAACGGCAGGGCAAUGCCGCCUUGGCCAAGACGCUGGAGGACUGCAGGGUCUCUCUGGAAGGCCUGAAGAUCGAGAAUGGCUCUCUCCGGUCCCAGCUGGACAGCGAGAAACAGAAGGCGGCAGCGAUCGACGCGAUGAGUUCUGAUGCAGACAACUCAGAAGUCCGUGAGCUGCUGAAGGCGACCCGAGCGGAGAAAGACCAGCUGGAACUUACCUGUACCGAGCUCAGGCAGGAGUUGCUGAAGGCGAAUUGCGAAGUGAAGGCCGUGCAAGGGCAGCUGUCCAAGGUGGAGAAGGAGCGCUGGCAGCUGAAGGAGCAGUGCGAACGCCAGGCAGAGCAGCUGAGUCGAGCCAGCCGCCAGCUGCAGGAGAAAACCUCUGAGAAUGAAGCCGAGAUCAGGAACCUGAAAGAGACCAUCUUCGAGCUGGAGGACCAGGUGGAGCAGCAUCGAGCCCUCAAGCUACACGACAACCAGACCAUCAGCGAUUUGGAGAGUAAUCUGCUGAAACUGGAGGACCAGAAGUUGGACUUGGAGAGGCAGCUGAAGAUCCUGACCAAGCAGAUCAAGGAGGACACGGAAGAGUGGCGCCGUUUCCAAGCGGACCUGCAGACGGCCGUGGUGGUGGCGAACGACAUCAAGUGCGAGGCCCAGCAGGAGCAGCGCGUGACGAAGCGGCGGCUGCUGGAGGAAGAGGAGAAGAACGCUCGGCUGCAGAAGGAGCUGGAGGAAGCACAAGGAAGCCGCAGGCCGACAGCGGAGCUGAUUGACUCCCCGGAGCCGGAUUCCACCAGCCGCUGGCCUGGGAUCCCCGCGAGCCACGCCUCACCAACGCCCCCAGAGUCGCUGGCCACGGUGAAAUCCUUGAUCAAGUCAUUUGACUUGGGAUGCCCAGGGGGCACUGGGCAAAGCAUUCCAGUCCACAAGGUCUCCCGGAGCCCCCUGAGUGGAAUCCCAACGAGGACGGCUCCGGCAGCUGCCGUCUCACCCAUCCAGAGACAUUCCACCUUCAACAGCCCAAAGCCAGCUGGGAAAGCUUUCUCCAAGCAUGCCGACCUUCCAGACCUCCCCUUGGCAGACCUGUUGAAAGGGAGGAGCGAGGACCUGAAACCUGAGCACUUCCUCCGCAAGAGCCCCUCUCUGGAAUCCCUGAGCAAGCCCCCCACGAUGACCUUCGCUGGCAGGAUGCUCAACUCCGCACCCAGCAGCCUGAAACCUCCAAGCCGACUUAGCGUGGAGAGAAAGGACCCUCUGGCGGCUCUAGCAAGGGAAUACGGGGGCUCCAAGAGGAACGCUUUGCUGAAGUGGUGUCAGAAGAAAACCGAGGGAUACCCAAAUAUUGACAUCACCAACUUCAGCAGCAGCUGGAGCGACGGCCUGGCCUUCUGCGCUCUCCUCCACACCUACUUGCCUGCGCACAUUCCCUUCCAGGAGCUCAGCAGCCAAGACAAGAAAAGAAAUCUCCUUUUGGCAUUCCAAGCAGCUGAAAGCGUAGGCAUCAAACCCAGCUUGGAACUCAGCGAGAUAAUGUACACAGACCGCCCCGACUGGCAGAGCGUCAUGCAGUACGUGGCCCAGAUCUACAAGUACUUCGAGACCUGAGGCCCCGGAGCCAGCUAGAGGGAAGAGCCGAGCUGCAGAAGGAGGAGGGAGAGGCGCCUGAAGAACGCCAUGGACAAGCACUCGAUCACUUUAAAAGAA